AUGACCGCGAUCCUCACCCUCGUCUACCCCAAGGGGACCAAGGAGUUCGACAUGAACUACUACCUCACCUCCCACAUGCCCAUGGUGCAGGCGACCUGGGCCGGCUGCGGCCUGCAGAAGUGGGAGGUCGUCCAGCUGGAUCCGGCCAGCGGCAACGUGACCAAGUGCAUCCUGUACUUCGAGAGCGCCGCGAAGAUGCAGGCGGCCUUUGGCGGGCCCGACGCCGCGAAGGUGCUGGGCGACAUCCCGAAUUACUGCGACGUCCAGCCGCUGCAGUACGCUGGGGAGAUUGUGGGGGGUUCGUAG